UUCUAUGAUCUCUUCUUUUGACCCCUUUCUUUCUUGAAUUAUAUAAACUCAUAUCAUCUUCUCUUUUUUCAUCUACCUUCCACUUGUUUGUAUGAUUUGGGGUUCAUUUGGUUCUUGUUGAGUGGUUAAAGCAUCAGGACUGGUUUUUGGGGAGAAAGAUACAUGGAUGGGACUAAUCUUCUAUUCUGUUUGCUUUAUGUUCCACAUGCUAUGCUAUGUGGGUUGGUUUUUUGGAUGUUUCAGAGAUUACUCAUCUCUUGCAUCCUUUUUCUGCUGAUUUAAAAGCCUUCUUUGACCUCUUUCAGUGCUUGCCUUUGGUUAAACAAGUUGGUGGCUGCCCAUAGUUCAUUUCAGCUGUUCAAUAUUGUUUUUGGUGUUGUUUCAUCAUUACCAAAGGUUUUUUGGUACAUUCAUUUAGUUUUCAUCUCAUGCAAUGAGGUGAUGUUGAUUUAUGUUGAUAUUGCUCAAUAUAUGAUCAGUUUUGGAAAAGUACUAUUUUUCUACUCAUGCAUGUCCUUCACUCCUCUGUCAUUGAUUGUUAUGUGGAAAAUUUUGAUUUUGAUUGAUCCUUCUGCCCUCACCUCUUUGAUCUUUUCAUGUAAGCAGGAAUGCCUAGCCUUCCUAGUGGCAAGAAAGGGGAAGUUGGAGGUUGAAUAUAAUGCUGAGGAAAAGGAGCAGACCAGUUCAGAAGGAUCAAAGCAAAGGGUUCCUGAUGUCUCAUCCAGCCUCAGGCUCCUGCUUCCCCUCUGAUGGUAUGUUGAAGAGGACCAGUUGUGGCUCCUUUCUUAAUGUCCAUGGCCACCUUGUAGGAUUCAGCAACAAGAAGGGCUUAUCAGAAUCUGCUACAGUUUGGGGCCAUGCAUCUCCCUUGGACAAGGUUUUAUCCAGUAUAACCAGAUCAACAACAGGCAUCAUCGAUGGUAGGCUUAGAUGUUGGGACAGCAGAAGAGUAGGCCUUGGCCUGGUUGAUACUCUCAAUGAUGAGGCCAAACCUUGUGUGAAGGUCUUAGGGUCAUCUGAGAGCAGGAACAUUGUGUUUGGUUCACAGAUGAGGUUAAACUUCUCAACCCCCAAAUCACAUCAGAUUGGCCCGAGAGAUGACCCUUUAGGAGCAGCUCCUCAAAUCGGAUCAUCUAAACCUCGGUCAGUUUGCUCGGAGAUGGCUAUAGAAUUAAAAGGAUCUAAAUUAGCCCAUGAGGAGUAUGGACUACUGCGAUCGUGUUCAGUGGAUACUGGUGGAUUUUCUUUGCUCCUUACUAAAUCUAUUGGCAAUAACCGUAAGUCCAAUUCUGAAGUUCUUCAAUCAGAAUCUAUGGAUAUAUUGAAUUCUCCCCCACUAGCUAAGGAGGACACCAAUUUUGACAAAAUCUCGGGGUCCUUACCGAUAUCUUUUGGCUCUUCUCAUAGAUUUAUCGGUUCACUGUCAGCCAGUGAGAUCGAGCAAUCUGAAGAUUACACUUGCAUUAUAUCUCAUGGUCCUAACCCUAGGAUGACUCAUAUUUUUGGAGAUUGCAUACUUGAAAGCCACAGCAUUGAAUCACUAAAGAUCAAGAAUAAGCAUAGGAAAGAGGAUGAAGGGUCUACCUGGCUUUCAGAGCCCUCUGAGGAAAUGUUGUCAUGCUUUUUAAAUGACUCUUUGAGCUUCUGUUUCUCUUGCAGGACGAAAGUGGAAGACGACGGAAAGGAUAUCUGUAUGCACAGAGGCAAGAAAGCUUUGUGUGGCUGUGAGUGCUGUAGGAAUGGAACUUUGCUCGAAGAAAUGGAGAAAACCAGGAAUAUUUCAUCUGGCUCUCCUGGUUCAUCAUUCCAUGAGGAGACAUUUCUUGAGUAGAUGGCUUUGGCCUUAUAGGCUGGAGGUUUGCCCAGCCCUCCUUACACCGUGAGCAUAUAAGAGUUUAGGUUGGCAAGGUGAACAAUUCGAUCAUCUGUCUGUCAAGAGCUGUCCAUAUGAAAUCGUUGGCGGCCAUGGAUGAUCAACAUGUUCCUUAAUUUGUUUGCUGGUUUUGUUUCAGAGUUCAUGGUAAUGUUGGUGAAAUUUAGCAAGCAACUGUUCCACCCUCCUCUCUUUUCUUUCCUAAACCAUAAACCAGCCGUAAACAUUGCCUCUUGAUGGAUGUUAUCGAUCUGUCUUUCUAUUUAGCAGUGAAUAAAACUUUCUGUUGGCUAUAUAAGUAAAAGAAUAUGAGUGAUCAACUCUAUGGCAUAA